UAAAUUACAUUAGUCAAACAAAGUUGCACAAAUUAGUUUAUUCACUAAUGAAAAAAUGCAAUCUACCGCAAUAGAUAUAAAUAAAUAAAAAGGAGGGCGAAAAGGCGGGGAAAAGGAAACGAAGAGCUCGAUAUGAAGUGAUAGACGUAGGUGUACCAAUCGAGGAUUCAUAGAAAACCUCGCUCGAACCUCCAAUGCAAGCAGAGUCAAACACUUGCAGACACUACAACUGUCUUCUUCCUCCAAACACCCUUCACCAAAAACACACACAACCAUCCAACACCAUCACAUUUAAACACCCAUCUCAACCACUCACACCACCCUCACCACCACCACUAAAAUACCUCUUCCCAUAUACGUCUAACUCUAUGUUUCUUUUUAUUUAAAGACAAAACAAACAUGUGGGGUUGGGUGUGGUGCAGAUAACGGAACCAAAGCACGCAGAUUCAAGAUAUCAUUAUUCAUUUAUCAUCUCCCUGUUGUUGUUCUCAUGGCCGUUAUCUCUUGGCCCAUCUACUCGGAUUUCUAUCAUUAUUUCAACUAAUUCACAUGGUUGCUACCUCCACUUACCUUUAAACUUCCUCCCUGUGGUUUAGUUGCAAUCCAUAUUCGACAUUUAGAGUUUGAAAUGGUGAGGAAGAGAACCGCUUCGGAUAUGGAACAGCUCCAGACGGGUGCCGGAGAAUACCACCAAAGAUUAAUACGCCGACCAUUGCCGCUUGAAGUUGCUGGUCGUUUUAGCGGAUUAGAGACAUCUACCGCUGCUGACAACAACAAUGUGAACAAUAAUAAUAUCCGUAUUAUCAACAGUGUUAAGGUUGACCAUCCGGCUAACCACUCCACUAUGACGUUACCAUCUUCAAUAAACAUGUCAUUAUCCACCACCACCGCCACCUGCUCAACUAACAAAAAUAAUUCUCCUCCGUUGUGUGUGUUUUCCGGCCUCCCGUUAUUCCCACCUGACAAAAAUUAUAGCAGCAGUAGCACCACUACAAACCCUAACGCCGGGAUGAGCUUCUUGACCGGCGGUGGUAGUAACGUUAACGUUAACGGCAUGUCGGCUGAUGAUUCAACCACGGCGGCUGCGUGGAUUGAUAGCAUCAUAAAAGACUUGAUUAAUAGUUCUACAGAUGUAUCUAUACCGCAUCUUAUUCAUAACGUUAGAGAAAUCAUUCACCCUUGUAACCCUAGUUUGGCCACGUUACUUGAAUACAGGCUUCGUUCGUUAACAGAUCCGCCACCGAGUUUGAUAGAUCAGCCACCGGUUCAUGAUCCGUCUGAUAGUUAUAAUAGGGUUUUGAUGAGAGGAAAGGAGGUGCAGCAACCGCGUAAUAACCCCGGGAUGGAAGGCGUGUUUCCGCUUACUCACGCGGAUUUACAACUAAUAAGUAAUCAUGGCCAUCUGGAUUGGACAGCUGAAGAUUUCACCACUACCGGACCCGGUUCUGCACUUGCUUCUUCAAGCAAAAACGGUCCACAACAGCAACAGCAGCAGCCACUGGAGUCUCCUCCGUCGCAGCAACCGCCUGUGCCAGAUCAAAACGCGGUCAGCGCGUCAGCACAGGCGGCUGCAAUGGUGUUAAGGGAAAAAAAGAGGGAGGAAAUUCGGCAGCAGAAGAGAGACGAGCAAGGGUUACACCUGCUAACGUUACUGUUACAAUGUGCUGAGUUAGUUUCAGCGGAUAAUUUUGAGGAAGCAAACAAAAUGCUGCUUGAAAUCUCGGAGUUGUCAACGCCUUACGGCACCGCGGCUCAACGAGUCGCAACUUACUUCUCGGAAGCAAUGUCCGCUAGACUGAUGAACUCGUGUCUUGGCAUAUACAACACACUUCCACCAAAUGUAGCGUUUUCGCAAAGUUUGAAGAAAAUGACAUCCGCGUUCCAAGUGUUCAACGGCAUCAGUCCGUUUGUGAAAUUCUCACAUUUCACGGCGAACCAAGCAAUACAAGAAGCGUUCGAGAGGGAAGAUAGGGUGCACAUUAUUGAUCUAGAUAUCAUGCAAGGUUUGCAGUGGCCUGGUCUUUUUCAUAUUUUGGCGUCCAGACCGGGCGGCCCACCCUUUGUCAGACUAACUGGGUUGGGCAGCUCGUUGGAUGCCCUUGAGGCCACUGGAAAACGCUUGUCGGAUUUUGCGGAGAAACUUGGACUCCCGUUCGAGUUCUCUGCGGUAACUGAUAAAGUUGGGAAUUUGAACCCGGAGAGGUUGAAUGUAAGCAAGAGGGAGGCUGUUGCGGUACAUUGGCUGCAGCAUUCUCUGUAUGAUGUUACCGGAUCCGACACUAAUACUUUAUGGUUCCUCCAAAGGUUGGCCCCGAAAGUGGUGACCGUGGUAGAGCAGGACUUAAGCCAUGCAGGAUCAUUUCUAGGAAGAUUUGUGGAGGCAAUUCACUACUACUCCGCAUUGUUCGACUCAUUGAGCUCGAGCUACGGGGAAGAGAGUGAGGAGAGGCAUGUGGUGGAACAACAACUGCUAUCAAAGGAAAUACGCAACGUGUUGGCAGUAGGGGGGCCGUCAAGGACCGGGGAAGUGAAGUUUAGUAACUGGAGGGAGAAGCUGGAACAAUGCGGGUUCAAGGGUAUAUCUUUGGCAGGAAAUGCAGCUGCGCAAGCAACACUUCUAUUAGGCAUGUUCCCUUCUAAUGGGUACACUUUAGUUGAGGACAAGGGUACCCUUAAGCUUGGAUGGAAAGACCUUUGUUUGCUUACCGCUUCUGCUUGGAGACCUUAACGCGCCAGAUCUCGGUCCAAGGUUCAUACGCUGUGGCUUGCUUAAUCGAUCAAAUAUCUGAAAAAAAACACGUUAAAGUGAUCGACAGUGGAUCCGUUAUUGAGAUUGGAAAAAUCGAAAACGGACCAUAUUUGGUUUGGGCAAUAAAAAUAAUCAAGUGCAACAAGUUUUGAAGGAUGACUCCAGUGUUAUGAACAAUUUUCUUGAUCGACUUUAGUUCAUAAUAUGUUGUUACUUUUUAUUAUAUUACAAUAACAUGUCAUUCUAUAUAUUGGUUAUGUGGUUACUGGUUAGUCUAUAAUAA